CCUAGCGUUUGUUUAGGACGGGAUUUAGUACAUUAAGUGAUCUUCUCACUGGGAACUAAUAAUCUGAGCCGCGUCACUCUGUUUCUAUAGAACCUGCCUUGCUGCCAUCGACGCAUCUUUGACUCUGCUUAAAGACUGAAUCUCACAGCCUGAGUUAAUCAUGCCUGCGGAAAACAGCUAUCAGGAAAGCAUGCUGAGCUAUCAGAGGCCUGAUGAGGAGGUAGUGGUGGACCACGGUGGCACUAGCUCUGUUCUAAAUAUCCAUUAUGAGAAAGAAGAGCUAGAAGGUCACAGGACACUGUUUGUUGGCGUGCGGAUGCCCAUGGGCAGAGAGUCUCACCGUCACCACCGGCCUCACAGCUCCAAACACCGCAGGAGAUCAGAAAGGAUGCGGUCUGGGAGUGUAGCUCAGGAAGAGGGAAACACAGAAAGUACUUCAGCUUCACAUGACACUCCAUCCCAGAGGGUCCAGUUUAUUCUAGGCACUGAAGAGGAUGAGGAGCACGUGGCACAUGAACUCUUCACAGAACUGGAUGAAAUCUGUGUAAAAGAAGGCAAAGACACGGAAUGGAAGGAAACUGCCAGGUGGCUAAAGUUUGAGGAGGAUGUGGAAGAUGGAGGAGAGAGGUGGAGUAAACCGUAUGUAGCUACACUGUCUCUUCAUAGUCUGUUUGAGCUACGGAGCUGCAUCAUUAAUGGAACGGUUCUGUUGGACAUGAAGGCCAACUGCAUUGAGGAAAUUGCAGAUCUGGUGCUUGACCAUCAGGAUUCUGCUCAUGAAUUGGAUGACAGUGUGAGAAUGAAAGUCCGAGAGGCUCUUCUAAAGAGACAUCACCACCAGAGUGAUAAGAAGCGGAACAACCUUCUGCCCAUGGUCAAGUCCCUCACUGACUCUGGCAGGAGACAGAGUGAACCUCACUCUAUGGACAAGACUGGUCCUGCCACUUCUCCUCAGCCUCCACCUGCAAACACUGAAAUAAAAAAUGGUGCUGCACAGGAUAAUGGCCAGAUGGACCUUAGUAAGGUGGACACACAUUUCAUGAAAAAGAUCCCCACAGGAGCAGAGGCUUCCAAUGUGCUGGUUGGAGAACUGGACUUUCUGGAGAGAUCCAUUAUAGCUUUUGUUCGCCUGUCUCCUGCUGUACUGCUCACAGGGCUCACAGAAGUUCCCAUACCUACUAGAUUCUUGUUCAUCUUGCUUGGUCCAGAUGGAAAAGCCCAACAGUACCAUGAGAUUGGACGCUCUAUGGCCACCAUUAUGACUGAUGAGAUUUUCCAUGAUGUGGCUUAUAAGGCAAAGGACAGGAGUGAUUUACUGGCUGGUAUAGAUGAGUUUCUGGAUCAAGUGACUGUUUUGCCUCCUGGAGAGUGGGAUCCUUCUAUACGCAUAGAACCUCCUAAGAGUGUCCCCUCACAAGAGAAAAGAAAGAUACCAGGAGUCCCAAAUGGAACAGCUGUUCAGGAUGAAGAAGAGCAGCAUGCGGAGCACCAUGGACCAGAACUACAGAGAACUGGGAGGCUAUUUGGAGGACUGAUUUUGGAUUUGAAGAGAAAAGCUCCAUUUUAUUUGAGUGAUUUUAAAGAUGGCCUGAAUCUGCAGUGUGUAGCUUCAUUCCUCUUCCUCUACUGUGCCUGCAUGUCUCCUGUCAUUACGUUUGGAGGACUUCUGGGAGAGGCUACAGAGGGACGAGUUAGUGCGAUUGAGUCUCUGUUAGGAGCCUCAAUGACCGGAGUAGCGUACUCUCUGUUUGCUGGGCAGCCGCUAACUAUACUGGGCAGCACUGGACCCGUUCUUGUGUUUGAAAAGAUUCUCUUUAAGUUCUGCAAAGACUAUGAUCUCUCAUACCUGUCCCUGCGCACAUGUAUCGGUCUGUGGACAGCCUUCCUGUGUCUGAUUCUUGUUGCGACAGAUGCCAGCUCAUUGGUCUGUUACAUUACACGUUUCACAGAGGAAGCUUUUGCUUCUCUCAUCUGCCUCAUCUUUAUUUACGAGGCCCUGGAGAAGCUUUUCCACCUUGGAGAACUGUACCCCAUCAACAGACAUGGAGAUCUGGACAAACUCACACUGGCUUACUGUAAGUGUACAGAGCCUGACAAUCCCAGUAAUAAAACUUUAGAGCUGUGGAGUCACAGGAACAUCACAUCCUCUGCAGUGCCGUGGAGCAACCUCACUGUAACGGAGUGCUUAGAUUUCCAGGGUCAGUUUAUUGGAACAUCGUGUGGACACCAUGGUCCCUACACCCCUGAUGUUCUAUUCUGGUCAUCCAUCUUGUUUUUUGGUACUUUUUUCCUGUCCAGCUUCCUUAAACAGUUCAAGACUAGCAGAUACUUCCCAACACGGGUACGAUCAAUGAUCAGUGAUUUUGCUGUGUUCCUCACCAUUGUCCUUAUGGUCCUGAUUGACUAUAUCAUUGGAGUUCCAUCCCAAAAAUUACAAGUGCCCAGCAAAUUCAAGCCUACACGUGAUGACCGUGGUUGGCUGAUUAACCCCAUUGGACGAAACCCGUGGUGGACAGUCCUGGCUGCUUCAGUACCUGCUCUUCUCUGCACCAUCCUCAUCUUCAUGGACCAACAGAUCACCGCUGUCAUCAUAAACCGCAAAGAACACAAACUACAAAAAGGCUGUGGGUAUCAUUUGGAUCUUCUAAUGGUUGGAGUGAUGUUGGCCGUGUGUUCCAUCAUGGGGUUGCCCUGGUUUGUCGCGGCAACCGUCCUUUCAAUCUCCCACGUCAACAGCUUGAAGCUGGAGUCUGAGAGCUCUGCCCCUGGAGAGCAGCCUCGAUUUUUGGGUAUUAGGGAGCAGAGACUGACUGGUCUGGUCAUUUUUCUACUGAUGGGCUGCUCUGUGUUUAUGACUGGAGCAUUACAGUUCAUUCCAAUGCCAGUGCUCUAUGGUGUUUUUCUUUAUAUGGGAGUCUCAUCUCUUAAAGGCAUUCAGUUCUUUGAUCGUCUGAAGUUGUUUGGUAUGCCACCUAAACACCAGCCGGACUUUAUUUAUUUACGUCAUGUUCCUCUGAGGAAAGUUCACCUGUUCACUGUGACUCAACUGACCUGUCUUGUGCUGCUCUGGGUCAUCAAAACCUCCCCUGCUGCAAUUGUGUUCCCUAUGAUGGUGCUGGCAUUAGUGUUCAUCCGUAAGCUGCUGGAUUUCUGUUUCUCUAAGCGUGAGCUUAGUUAUCUAGAUGAUCUGAUGCCUGAGUGGAAGAAGAAGAAGCUGGAUGAUGAUUCCAAAAUUGCAGAGGAGCAGGAAUCACAGGAGAUGCUGGUUGAUGACUGUGAGAAAGAAGACAAAACCACAGUGCAGAUCCCAAUGGAGACCAAAUCUCUACAUUCACCUCGAACUCCAGACCUGAGGUACCACACAUGUACAAACCUCGAUGUCAGUGCCUGUAUGUUUAUACAGACAGCUAUGGUCCUGAAACCAGUCAGACCUAAGCCAGGCUUAACACUUUUGCAUUUUUGCUUUAAUUUGGCAGGUUGCUAUUUGCUGAGAGUGACAGAAAGAAGGAAAGACUUUCUAUUGAACAUGUUGAUACUAGUAGCUUGCCUAUUUUAUAGGCCUAUCAUACCAUUACAUUCACAUUAUGAUUGUCAAAUCUCAUCAAAAUUACCUCUAGAUUUCUCUGAACACUGUGUAGUGCAGUGAUGUCCACUGUGUUUCUGGGUCACUGAAAAUGUGUACUUAUGUACUAUAUGUACAAACAUUCACCUUGCCACCUUCUCCCCUCCCCUUCCCUCUCACCUCUUCUCCUCGACUGUGCCCUCUUGUUGACCAGGACUGAUCCCUCUAAUAUUAACAUAUCUGAUGAAAUGUCUAAAACUACUGUAUGGAAAUCCCUCAAUUCCAAUCACAAGGAUACACAACGCUCAAGUACUCAUAAAAAGGCAAGAACAUGCAUGCGUGUGCACAC